AUGCUGGGUCGUCUGCUUGCCAAGAAUAUGCUUCAUGAUGCGGGCCCACACUCUGAGGAACUACCACCACAGUUCAGCCCGCAUCUAAAUGACGAAAUCAAGCAGAAGUUGUAUGGCACAAAACAUCUGGAUUGCACUGUCUCCUCAGUGCAUCGCUUCAGAGUGGUGAUAGCCCAAGAACUUGGUCAGCUUAUGAGCAGGCAAAACUAUCAAGUUGUUUUUGACUAUGUAACGGCUCGUGGCACAGCAAUGGACCAUAUUUCUGUCACCGAGGUCAAGGAAUACAUGUUUGGGUCACCAGUACGAGCCAAGACCCGACAAAAGAGUGAAAAAUUUCGUGUUGUAGCGAACGCUGGCGUUCUACUAGUGACACGAGUCUUUUAUGCACCAAAUCGUGACACACGCCUGGCCAUAUGUCUAUCACUACCAGAACCCUUUUUGACCGCGCUGAGCGAAAUUUGGGACCAUGUAAGCCGCUGGCUUGAUGAAUGUCAGGACUUACUUCUUGCAAUACUGCUUGAUCAAGAUUUGACUUUUCUGCCGCGCGAUUUGCGUGUCCAUGAUCCACAAGUAACGCAAUCCAUCAUUCAGUCCCUCCACACGCUUGUACUACCACUUAUGUCAUCGCAUACCGAAAUUCCCAGAUUACUGCUCUAUCCGUCCAACAAUUUUGACUACUUGUCUUGUUGGUUCAAAGACGUCUUCCAGUGGCUCGAAAUCAAAGAUGGACACAGGCUGCGAUUUUUACCCGUGCUCUUCGCCAAAGUCGUUCAAGACUUCGCUGCAGAAAUGACAAAAUCUGAAUGCUGCCGCAUCGUUGUCAUAUCAGGAAAUAUGGCAGUAGCCAACAAAUUGAUAUUUCUGAUAUCGGCUUUACUUAGGCCUCGCUUCAAGGGUAGGAUUUCUACUAUAGACGAAAAUGAUGCCACAGAACAAGAUUUCCACGCUGAGACUGCCAAGCGACGUAUACUUUCAAGCAAUGAUUCACCAUCUCGAGACAACGAUCUCAAAUCCUAUGGUACAAUCACGGGUAAAGGUUGGGAGAUCCCUAAGAAAAAUGUGUCUCUUAGCUCUACCAGCUUAUCCUCAGAUGAGACAGCAGCGCAAGUUAUUCAACCUUCUUCGCUGAAAAGCAGUAGCAGCUCUUUACAAUAUCUAUCCUCGUCGUUGUCUUCUGCAUAUGGAAGUUAUGGCUCGUGGUUCAGCAAGCGCAUGGGAAUGACUGCAGCGCCCACUUCGGGCCAGGGCUCAGGGCAUUUUGGAACCUCCAUACACAGCCCACCUGCCAAGGUGGACAACACAGAUCACUUUCCUUUCCAGCAUCACAACGGUAGUAGUCUGUCAUUACAUCAAGCGGGCUCGAGCACAAACCGCCUUACACCACUACCGUCGCCGCUGUCGAUUGAACAGGACGAGUAUCCGUGGACUUCUAGCACCCCAAGCUCGCCGCAUAUAGAAAAUGGCCGACAAAGUCUGAAUUCUUGUUCUGUGAUGCCUUUGCAAAACGUUGAUGUCAAACGAAACUGUAAUAGGGUCACAGACACAAAAAGCGUCGAUGAAGCCUUCAAAUCGAUCUGCUUGUUCGAACCUGACGAUUGUAAGAUUACCGCUAUCAAGGGCAAUGAUCUCCAUGCUCCUGUUUUGAACGUUCCUGCAGAGUUUGAGGCCCAAGAAAAUUGUGAGUUUACAGGUGAGCUCCUGCCAAAAUACACAUCCUAUUUGCCCAACUUCGUACCGUGGUUCCAAUUGCAGGCCAUUCCGAUAGCGCUUGAUGCUGAGCGUAAAGUCAUUAGCGCUAUGAAGGCAGAUUUGCAUGCCAAUGUGCGUUCUCAUACCUUACUCAUCUCUCUUCGUUCCCGAGAAAUAAAAGACAUUAUUGUAGAGCGCGACCACUAUUCGUCGAGAAAUGUUCUCCGCACGAAAAAGAUUUUCUCUUCAGGCAAGUGCACCAGGGUUUCACCCAAGUUUCAGCAGCUAGUACUUGCUUGCGAGUGCAACAUCAAGCGGGCUAUGGUCAUAUGGGAAGACAUCACCGACGUUAACGAAAAAUUCCAAGCUCUUCAACACAUUUUCGAAGGACUUUGCAGUUGA